AUGGUGCAGCUUCAGGUGACCAUGUCCCGGCUGCUUUGGACCAUGAAGGUGCAUCUGUUUAUAACUCUUCCAAAUGGUGUCCUCCAAAUUGUGGAUGUGCAGGAGAGUGAUGCUGGGGCUUACCACUGCGUGGCAACCAACGCCGCCCGAAAACGCUACAGCAAUGAUGCCAUCCUCAGUGUCUUAAAAGGUUCCCAGCCAGCAGGAAGAGAUGUCACCAUCGUCGCCGCUCCGGAGAACACCACGGUGGUGGCUGGGGAGAGUGUGGUGAUGGAGUGCAUGGCGUCUGCCGAUCCCACCCCCUUCGUCUCCUGGAUACGACAGGAUGGAAAGCCCGUUUCCACAGAUGUGAUUGUGCUGGGCCGGACAAAUCUCCUCAUUCCUUCCAGCCAGCCCCAUCACUCAGGGGUGUAUGUCUGCCGUGCUAACAAACCCCAGACCAGGCAGUUCGUUACAGCCGCAGCUGAGCUCCGGGUCCUUGCUACACCCAGCAUCUCCCAGGCUCCUGAAACCAUCUCUCGCACCCGAGCCAGCACGGCUCGGUUUGUCUGCAAGGCGGAGGGCGAGCCAGCCCCAACCAUUCACUGGCUGAAGAACGGCGAGGCCAUCCUCUCCAACGGGCGGGUGAAGGUGCAGAGCAGCGGCAGCCUUGUGAUCAAUCAGAUCGGGUUGGAGGAUGCUGGCUACUAUCAGUGUGUGGCUGAGAACAGCUUGGGCAUGGCUUGUGCCACUGCCAAGCUCUCGGUGAUCGUGCGGGAGGGUUUGCCCAGCGCUCCCAAGAAGGUGUCAGCCGUGUCCCUCUCCAGCACCACAGUCCUUGUGUCCUGGGAGCGGCCAGAGUACAACAGCGAGCAGAUCAUUGGCUUCUCAUUACAUUACCAGCGGGCUGUGGGAACAGAUAACGUGGAAUACCAGUUUGCUGUCAAUAAUGAUACCACUGAGCUGCAAGUCAAGGACCUAGAACCCAAUACCAACUAUGUCUUCUACGUGGUCGCGUAUUCUCAGCUCGGAGCCAGCCGGACAUCCUCUUCCAUUAUUGUUCAGACCCUGGAGGACGUUCCUAGUGCUGCCCCUCAGCUGUCCCUGUCGAGCAUGACUCCUGGUGACAUCCGUGUGACAUGGCUGCCGCCUCCUCCAGAGCUCAGUAACGGCAAGAUAACGAAGUACAAGAUCGACUACUGCACCCUCAAGGAAGAUCAGGUUACCUCCAUUGAAGUGGGUGGAAAUGAGACACAAAUCACUCUUUACUCGCUCCAUCCCAACAAAGUAUACAAAGUUCGCAUCGCAGCCAGCACCAGUGUGGGCUACGGGGCCCCUUCUGAGUGGACUCAGCAUCGGACUCCUGACAGAGACAACCAGACACAUGUUCCAUUUGCCCCAACAGAAUUAAAAGUGCGAGCGAAGAUGGAGUCUCUCCUGAUAACAUGGCAGCCCCCAGCCAACCAUGCCCAGAUAUCUGGCUACAAACUCUACUACCGACAAGUGGGCCCAGAGGAGUCCAGCGAUGAAAGCCCUUUGGAUGGUGCUGAAGAUGAGAGCUGGGAUGUAGGCCCCAUAAAACUAAAGAAGAAAGUGAAGCAGUACGAGCUGACUCGACUAGCUCCUGGGAAACUCUAUGAGGUGAAGCUGGUGGCAUUCAAUAAGCACGAAGAUGGUUAUGCAGCGGUUUGGAAGGGCAAAACAGAAAAGGCACCUGCAACAGCAGUAGAUCCCCCUGUGCAGAAGGGUCCUCCAUUGCCUCCAGUCCAAGUCUAUGCAGAGUCCAACAGCUCAACUUCCAUAUGGCUCAGGUGGAAGAAACCUGACUUCACUACAGUCAAGAUUGUCAACUACACUGUGCGCUUCAGCCCUUGGGGCCUGAAAAAUGCCUCUCUCGUUACGUACUACACAAGCUCGGAUGAAGACAUUCUCAUUAGUGGGUUGAAGCCCUACACUAGGUAUGAGUUUGCCGUGCAAUCCAAUGGCGUUGGCAUCGAUGGACCCUUCGGCAGUGUGGUGGAACGGUUCACGCUUCCUGACCGUCCCUCAACUCCUCCAUCUGACCUGCGGCUGCACCCGCUCAACCCCUACGCUGUCCAGGUGCACUGGUGCCCCCCUGCUGAGCCCAACGGCAUCAUUGUGGAGUAUCUCAUCCUGUACAACGCCAACAACACGCAGCCUGAUGACAUGUGGACCUUGCUGACGCGAGAAGGAAAUAUCUUCAGCACUGAAGUGCAUGGCCUGGAAAGCGAUACCAGAUACUUCUUCAAGAUGGGAGCAAAGACGGUCGUGGGAUCUGGUCCCUAUUCAAACGUUAAGGAUGUGCACACCCUCCGGGAGAAGUUGUCUGAUGUUCUGGAUAUCCACUCUGUCACGGGAAUCAUCGUGGGAGUCUGCCUGGGGCUGCUCUGCAUCCUCUUCUGCAUGUGUGCCAGCUUCCGCAACAGCAAGCAGAGGGAGGCUUUGCCAGGCCUGGAUUCCCAGGCAGCUGGCAACCACACUUACUACCACCGGAGCAGGCAAGGGGUGGCAGCUCCCCGUGCCACCUCGGAUUCGCAUGAGCUAGAGUCCCUCAUGUCCCCGCUCCCGGAGGAUGCACCCGUGCCCCUGGGGGACAUUGCAGAACUGACGGAAGUGCACAGCCUCAUCCACACAAGCCUCCCUGAGGACAUCGUCCAUGGGAAGAGGAAGUCUUCAUGGAAUAAAUCAGCUAACCAGCCCUGGACAAACAGCAUAGCCAGAUACGGGGACGCUAUCACAAAAGAGCCUCUCUCUGCUGUGAACGGAUCACUGAAGCUCCCUUCCAGUGCCGGACAGAAGCUUUUGUUACAAGCUCUGGUUUACGAUGCCGUGAUGAAUGAAGCAAAGAAAAGCCAUCCACCAGCCAGCCUCCACCAAGUGGAAGCAGAGGUCAUCGUCCAUUCUGAUUUUUCAGCCUCUGACAGAGACUACGACUCCCAGCUGCACACUCUGGAGAGUGAAGAGACAGAAACUGAGGACCAGGAGCCUGAAGAGCUCCCCUCCGGAGAGCUGGCUCUUCCCAGCUCUCCCAGCACCCAGCAGGACGCUACCCAAGUGUUGGUGGGCUGCACGGGCGAUUCUGAGGUUCAGACCCAGAACGAGCUGUUGUGUACCGACAGAAAGACUAACAAAACAGAGGCCAUUUGCAUCCGUGGGCUCACCAAUGGCUUCCACAGGCACGGGGAAAGUCUGGAUUCAGUGGAGAGCGGAGAUUCGGACUCCAUCCAGGAAGCCAGGGGGGAUGUGCAGCCAGGCAAGUGCCAAUCGCUUUCCCCGGCCCAGGAGGAGGCCACCCUCUGUAGUAACUCUUGUUUAACCAGUUCAUCCUCAGCAUCUGAGAACAUGGCAUGUGUCCACAAUCAUUGAAGAGUGAACUAAUCUGAUUUUGAUCAUGGGAGAGCUAGAAGCACUAGUAAGGGCCUGUCCCUGUGAGGUACUGCAUGCCCUCGACUCACUGAGCCCAGCAGGAGCUAAGAAGGUGCAGCAUCUCACCAGAACAGGAUUCGGACCCGUCAGCUGUACAUAUUGCCUUCAAGAAGUCAACAGGUAGAUUGGUAAGGGCCCAUCUUCUUCCCGCUGAAGCUGGUGAGUAACUUGUUUUUUGUGGGAGCAGGAUUGAGCCAUCUGCCAAAGUCUGACGUGAAACCACGGCUGGAACAGAGCCUUCUGCGUUAGACUGGGGCUGUCACUUCGCUGUAGUCCUCGAGGUGACUGGCAAGACGUCUUUUAAUGCCGGGAAGAGGCAGGGUACACCGAGCGAUUCUUCUCAACUCUCUCUUCACCGGGGAGCGCCUUGGCACUACCUACUGCCUGCAGCAUUGGGAUGAAUUUUGUCACAGGAGUCCCACAAAGGGGUGGAAGCCAACCCAAAAAAAUUCAGUGAGCUGUAACCACCAACCUUUUCUGCCCUCCCGUGGUUAAAAGGAUUAUAAGGCUCUCUUUGUACGCUACCGCAGUAACUAUUACUAGCAGGCUGAUGUAGUGGCCUUUUAUUACACACUCUACGAGUGCCUCUAACAACUUGUACUAUAUAGAACCUUCUUCAGUGUCUGGGUCAUUUCACCAACCUGGACUUUGUUUUACGUAGGUUCUUGUACCUAAUAUUUUAGGUACACAUCUGUCCUUUUAAUGUACAACAUGUAUUUUUAUUUCCUUGGAACAUCUUUAUAUUAUUUAAUUUUAUAAAGUGGAGUAGUGUGUGGUAUAGAGUAGCAUUUUUACUACUUCUCUCUCUCUUUAUUUUUUUCCUCCCUAACAACACAACUACCUCAUGUCUGUUGGAGAAAAAAAUAGCAGUGGAUCUACUCUUUUGUUAUAGUCCAUUAUAGGUUUUAACUUAUUCUUAUACUGCCUUUUUCUAAAGAAUAUGUUUGCACUGGUUGUUGACUCUUUUCUAAUGCAUAGUGCUGCAGAUCUGAUGUCUCUCUUGCUUUAUUUCUAAGUAUUGCUGUAGGACACCUUCCCUACAGCUGGAGAAUUGGGUUGUGUUUCUCCGUAGGACUGUGUUUUGCAGGAGCUGGCCAAAGGCGGCUGCCUCAGCUGGAGGGAUGUUGAUCCAUCCUUCCUUAAGAAGCUCAUACUAGCGAAGAGAAAAAAGAACCAACAAUUGCAAAAGUAACUUCUGAUCUUGGGGACAUCCAUUUCUUUUUUUUGUGCCCAAGUGGAGACAUCUCACAUGAUUUUGAUUUCCAGAGAGCAGCUCUCGGCUUUCUCUAAGCAGUGGACUUGCUGAAGGCUUUGGAUGAACAAGUGAAAUUUUCCAGUCACUUCCAGUCCUGGCCAAAUUGCUUUGGGUUUGUUUUUUUUUAAAGACCAGAGCACCACCAGAGCUUAAAAAUUAAAAUCAAAUAUUCGCUCUUAUACCAGUCAGUCUGGGUUUAUUACAGAUAACGUUUGAAGAUCAUCCGGUGACUCUUGCUUGCUGACACUGCUUACUGCUGACAUGUCUCUCAGCCUGGCCUGCUGGUGUGGGGUGAAUUUUUUUCUGCCUUGUCUUUAGCCUGUCUCUGCCCUGUUCCGGGCUUGCAGAGUUUGACUGUGAACGCUACAGAUUGGACCAGCUCCUUGGGGGUAACAAAGAUUGGUAAUUCCGCUCAUUGGUUUGGUAAAUGUUCUGCUUUCCUGGAGGAUUCAGACAUCUGGCCAUUUGUUUACUAAAAAAUGAGGGAAAAGGUGCCCAUCUCCCUUUUUUCCUACCGAAAUUCCCCCAAAACUAUACGGGGAGCUGUGUGCUGAUCUGAGGUCCUGUAAAAGGCUUUAGACUUUGUUUUUUAUGGUGAAACCUGGACUGAGAUACCACUGCUUGCAGCAGGGAGAACCUUGCUCUGCCAGUAUCCUAUUCCUGGCUCUGUUGUGAAGAGCCACAGUGUGCCCUGUCUUUGGAGCUGAGCUGGACCAGCCUGUGUCCUUGCAAUCCUCCAUCAAACCCUGUUAGCUCCGGCUCUUCAAUAGAGGAGUACCACCAAGUCUCCAUGUACCCUGUUGGGAAGGAUACUGGAACUUCCACCUCUCCCCAUCCUACAGUGUCUCCUCCCAGUGUGACACACCGUUCUGGUAAAUGGCUUUAUUUCCACUUGUUGCUCUUGCUCUGUUGCUCCAGCUGCUGCUCGGUAUCUUGAGGAGUCUCAGAAAUACCAUUCCAUGCUCUGAAGUGCUGUGACUCUGAAGGCCGUGGCACAGAGACUGGAAAUCGGUGCCAGUGAGCAGGCUAGGCAGGAGUUAGUGAGCGUGCACUGCCAGAGCGAGGAGCUAGAACAACGAGAAGUCAUAACUGGGCAGAGGAAGUGCAUAAUUAACCUCCAGAACUCACUGCUACAAGACUUUGAAACUAGUGACUUAGCAUGGUUACAGAUAAGGCAGUGAAGUGUUAUUGCAGGCAAUAAGGGCAAUUCACAGUUAUAUGGGAGCGGGUGCAAUUGCAGAGGUAUAAACCCUCCAGCUGUGGGGUACCGGGCACCAGCUGAGGGGGGGGAGAUUUCUGCAGCUGGACCUCAGUUUGUAGUUAGUUUCAUGGAAGAGUCCUUGCCCUUCCUCAGUGACAGAACAGAUCCUGUACAAGCCACAUUCCCGCUGCUGUUGUGCAGAAGGGGAGAGGGAUACUUCUCCAAAAAGCUCACUCCAGAGGAACCCCCGGUGACUUCCUUUCAGCUCCUAAACCACCUGCCAGCAUGACAGUAUGCCAAAGGACCGCUUUCACUGGGCAUCUCGGCUGCUGGAGGCCGUGCCAGGAGGAGUUUGACCAGCAGCAGACACAACUGGGGCACUGGAGUUCUCCUUGUGGGCCCCUGUUGUGACACAACCUGGGGCAGGUCAUGUACCAUCCCUGAGCUUUCCAUCCAGGGGCCUGUGGGGAUGGAGCUUAGUCCAGUGGCUGAUUUAGGAGCGUGCCACAGUUUCUGGGGCGCUCUUUUGUUAUACGCACGCAUUGCUUUGUCCAUACUGACUUUAGCAGUCGCAUAGCUAUGGGGUGAGCAUUGCUGAUCUGCCUAAAAGCUGUCCCUGCCUGUCACUGAAGCCAACACAAGCAGGCACAAUGUGGCAUGGUUGGGUCACCAACCCUGGAUCACCUUGGGCCAAUCACUAAAUCACCAAAGUAGUUAUGUGCUCCAAGAGCUUUGGGGGAGAUGCAGCAGAGUGCAAACAAUUCUACUUACGCAUCACAAAAAUACUUUGUCUCCUCAAUGCUGAGGCUUACUCUGAUCUUGUUACACCCCACCGAAUUGUACCAGCAUGUGAAACGGGCAGCAUUUGGAUGUCCAAGUACUGCGGUGGCCGUGGAGUGGUAUGCCAGACCUCAGCUAGAGCAAUCCAGGCAGUUCCCUCGGAGCCAAGAGGUCCCCCCUGACCGGCAGCAGCCAAGCUGUUCCCUGUACAAAGGAGGCGCGUCCAGGCAGGGGGCUGGCUGUCCUUGGCUGACUCGGCUGUACCCCAGGUCCCUCCUGUCCUCAACACACGUGGGACCUUUCUAGUUUCAGCUAGAAAUGAUUGGAAGAAGACAGAUAACACACAUUUUAUGUGUAAAGCUGAAACAACCAGUGCAUAUAUUUUUUUAUCAUGAAAUAAGCUUUCUUGCAGGUUUCUCACAGACACACAAACUAUCGGUACCUUUAAUUACCCAUCAUACUUAAUGUUCCUACACAUCGGGCUCCUUUCUCCCUUUUCUUCCUUUUGGUAACACUAAAGAUUAUUGCUGUUCAACUUUUUGCUGGUGUAUAUUGUUUUACAUUGUUAAAAUGUCAGGUUUGUCUCACUGGCAUAAUUUUGUAGUACUAAUGUUACCGUUCGGCUACACAACUGUAUAUUCCCCAUGCUGCUGCGAGAGUCACAGUUCUCAUCCUUUUAUUUCUUUUAAUUCCUUGUUAGAUGAAACACGUGACUCGGAUUAAAAUCUCUUUCAACUUUUUGUUGAUUUGAUUUCUUACUUAACAGACAGCGCAGUUCUGGUUUAAAUAGCUCAAAUGAGUUAAUUUAUAAUCUAGGUUUUGAGAUUUUUUAUUUUUUUUACAUUACUAGCUAACAAUCCUGAGAUCAGCCCAUGAAAUACGCUGUGUAAGAAAGCAACCGUUUUAAUAGAGUGCUAUAUAUGUUUUUGAUCUCAUUAGAAAUAGAUGUUUUGAAGGGAUCAUCGUGUCUUUUCUAAUCAAUACUUUUGUUAGAAAAGAGGUGUUUAGUCCAGCAGAAAUCUACCAUCUAGUUCUGUUAUUGUAUUCCCUUGCUUGUAUUUUAAAAUUAAAUUUUGUUUAAUUUUCUACACAGUGCAUAAGGAUGUGUAACCAGAACUUGAUCUCGUUUGAAGAUUGUGUCUGUGUUUGGUUCCAUGCUGUACUUAAUUAUAAAUUUCUUUCUUCAGAGACUGUUCUUACUCCACAAAUACUCUUUAGUGUUAAAGUGUAAGAAGACAUUGUCCUUAUAUUCCUUAACU